AUCCCAGGAAAACCUUUAUCCUCUGACCUAAGACAUAUCAUUAUUGAUAAAAUCAUUGAUGGAGGAGGUGACCCACUAACAAUCGUGAGAUUUCCCGGUCGAUUUAUGGAUACUGCAAAUGAGCUAAACGUUUCAUCGGCUACAGUUUCGAAAUUUAUCUCGUCGACAAUUUGAUUUUUCUUCACCGUAAGUCGUUCACAAUGCGUUCUACGAACUUGCUGUAUUCCAGGCUCAUAA